GCCUCGAGGGGGGAAAGGCACACGUGAACUUCCAGCGCCUCUGCAGACCCUGAGGGCCCUGGGUUCGAGGAGCUCUCAGCUGUGGGUCUGAGCCCUGGGACAGAAGCCGGCAGGUGGGGCGGGUGACUCGACAAGGGGACGCCGCGGGGCUCGAGACACUGCGGGGCAGCCCGAGGAAAAGGCGCGCUUGCGGGCCUGGGUUUGUCCCUGGGAACCCAGGAGGGGCGGGGCCACGCAGCUCAUUAGCAUAGACCGCGCCCCCUCCCACGCGCAGGCCGGCGGCCCGGGCCCCGCGGCGCUUCCCUCGGCUGCUGGCUGGCGGCUGCUCCCGGCUCAGCUCGGCUCCGGCUGCGCCCCGGCUCGCGCCCCGCCCCUGCCGCCAGCUCGCGCCGCCAUCGCCCUGCAAGAGAGGCGGGCGCCGGGGGCUGCUCGCAGGCGCCGCGGCCUCGCGGGAGGCGCUCGCCGGCGGAGAUGUACGGGGUGUGUGGCUGCUGUGGGGCCCUGCGGCCCAGAUAUAAGAGGCUGGUUGACAACAUCUUCCCAGAAGAUCCUGAGGACGGCCUGGUGAAGACCAACAUGGAGAAGCUGACCUUCUAUGCCCUGUCGGCCCCUGAGAAGCUGGACCGCAUUGGCGCCUACCUCUCUGAGCGCCUCAUCCGCGAUGUGGGCCGCCACCGCUAUGGGUACGUGUGCAUCGCCAUGGAGGCGCUGGACCAGCUGCUCAUGGCCUGCCACUGCCAGAGCAUCAACCUGUUCGUGGAGAGCUUCCUCAAGAUGGUGGCGAAGCUGCUGGAGUCGGAGAAGCCCAACCUGCAGAUCCUUGGCACCAACUCGUUUGUCAAGUUCGCCAACAUCGAGGAGGACACGCCGUCCUACCACCGCAGCUAUGACUUCUUCGUGUCCCGCUUCAGUGAGAUGUGUCACUCCAGCCACGAGGACAUGGAGAUCAAGACCAAGAUCCGGAUGUCGGGCAUCAAGGGGCUGCAGGGCGUGGUGAGGAAGACGGUCAACGACGAGCUGCAGGCCAACAUCUGGGAGCCGCAGCACAUGGACAAGAUCGUGCCCUCACUGCUGUUCAACCUGCAGCAUGUGGAGGAGGCCGAGAGCCGGUCCCCCUCACCCCUCCAAGCUCCGGAGAAGGAAAAGGAGAACCCAGCAGAACUGGCAGAAAGGUGCCUUCGGGAGCUGCUGGGCCGGGCCGCCUUUGGCAACAUCAAGAAUGCCAUCAAGCCGGUCCUCAUCCAUCUGGACAACCACUCGCUGUGGGAGCCCAAGGUGUUCGCCAUCCGCUGCUUCAAAAUCAUCAUGUACUCCAUUCAGCCGCAGCACUCCCACCUGGUGAUCCAGCAGCUCCUGGGCCACCUGGAUGCCAACAGCCGCAGCGCGGCCACCGUGCGGGCAGGCAUCGUGGAGGUCCUGGCGGAGGCGGCCGUCAUCGCAGCCACCGGCUCCGUGGGGCCCACGGUGCUGGAGAUGUUCAACACCCUGCUGAGGCAGCUGCGGCUCAGCAUAGACUACGCGCUGACCGGGAGCUACGACGGGGCCAUCAGCCGGGGCACCAAGAUCAUCAAGGAGCAUGAAGAGCGCAUGUUCCAGGAGGCCGUCAUCAAGACCAUAGGCUCUUUUGCCAGCACGCUGCCCACCUACCAGCGCUCCGAGGUGAUUCUCUUCAUCAUGAGCAAAGUCCCGCUGCCUUCUCUGCACCAUGCCGUGGAGACGGGGCGGACCGGGGAGAACAGGAACCGGCUGACCCAGAUCAUGCUGCUCAAGUCCCUCCUCCAGGUGAGCCGUUCUGCCCCCAUGUUUGCAGCCCCUACCCAGGACCCCAGUGGUGCAGGUUGCACACUGCACAAGGUGCCAGUCAGCAGCCAGCCUGGGCAUCUGCUUUGAACUUUCAGUGGGGCUCUUAAUCAGCUACAGACACCCCUGCCAUGCAGGCAUAUCUGUGCCGGGAAGCAAGCCAUUGGUUCCUGUCCUCUUUCCCUCCACAGACCUCCUGAGGGUCUUCACUGCCCUGUUUGGCCCUUGUGCCCACCUCAGUUUCUCAGCUUUCUCUGCUUAGGUCUCCUUAUAAGCGAGUGAGGACCAGAGUGCCACUCUAGCACGUGCAGCACCAGGGGUCAUGCAAGAUCUCAGGCGUGCAGGUCUGGUGCUCUCCCCACUGUACGGCCGCUGGACUGUCCUUGCUUUCACAGGCCUCUUCUGGCAUCCUUGCAGUCCUCAUUCAAGUCAAGAGUCAUUGCUCUCCAAUCCCAUCGUCUUGGCCAGCUUAUCAGAGUGAGUGGCUCUCCCAGAGGUGCUGAGCCUGGAGCCUGCAGUGACUGGAUAAACCCCCCUGGAAGUCAGGCUCAGCCAUGACCCAGCACCCAGACCUCUCAUAGAGUAUUCUCUUAGUUUUUUCUUCUUCUCCUCUCUCUUCCUUCUUAUUUAUUUAUUAUUAGCACUGCUCAGCUCUGGCAUGUGGUGGUGCUAGGGAUUGAAUCUGGGACCUUUGUUGCCUCAGUCAGGAAAAGUCUUUGCAGAACCAUUAUGCUUCCUUCCCAG